AUGAAUAUCGCGAUUCAAUUCUACAGUUCCGUGUUAAACGUGCCUAGGCCCCCAGGGGCAGAGGGCCUUUUACAUCUUAUUUAUCAUCGGAAAUUUCACAAAAAGAGCAUCUACCUCUAUGUUCAUAUCUUUACUGGUCUGACAGAGGCACUUCGUUACCGAAUCUCUGAAACAUUACAAGGCCAUUCUGACAUUCUGCCUGAUUAUAUCAGUGUAUUGUCUUGUUUCAUUUGGUCUUGGACGAGCUUUGAGCUUGUGAAGACACUCCGUCGAGGAGACCCUCUCACCACCCGCCCUCCUUAUCAGGCCGCUGCUCUUCUGCGUCUAUUUAUCACGCUCCUUUCUUACCUCUUCUGUUUACCCAGCCUGCACAGAGUCUCUAUAACCUCUCUGGAUAGCUUUAUCUAUGCCCGGUUCGCGAUCUUCUUUUUCACCUACGCUCCAUAUAUCCGAAAUCUCUUCUAUGGUGCUAUAUACAGGAUCUCCAUUCCACUUGCCGCAACACUAAGUGUCCAUGAAAGCCGAGUCCCUGGAGCGUCAUUGGUAUUUGUUCUCGCAGCUGCCUAUGUCGCGAGACUCAAUGAGUGGGUGACGCAAAAAUCACGAUCCUUGAGAAAUCCGGAGUCAUCGGUCAACAUCUCAAUACGCACGAAAGCUUUAGUAUCGAUAAUUCUGAGGAUUGGAUUUGCCGAGUUGGAGGAAUUAAUGGCAACUUCAAAGGCCAGUGGGCUAGAGAAGCCUGUACAGGUACAGGAUGAAUAUGUCCCGGAAAAAUAUAGCUCCUUCAUAGACUAA